AGCAUCGUCAACGCAUAGCAUCGUCAACGCAUAGCAUCGUCUUCAUCGCAUCGCUUCAAUCAUCGCCUCGUCUCCCCUACAGAUUCCUAGAAAUCCAUGCUCCACAUCUCUGAGGAAGAGAGACAAUCCGUCUCCAAAGUGAACGAAUGGCUCAAGUCUGAGCAGCAAGAAUUUCCCAACCCCGUAUACCCAUCCAUGGAGUCAUCCAAGAGAUCGUCCUCCAAGCAUCUUGGAACAAUCUUUCAGCUCAUGGAAGAAGCAGAGUCAGAGACAGCUCCAAAAUUUGACUUUCUCGCCAUCAGCCCUGAGGAGCACUCCGAUUCUGAGGCUACCUUGUCCUCCCUGCUUGGUCGUACCUUAAGCUGGACUGGGAAUUCUGCGAGAGGAUCACAGUAUAGUGUCGACAUCGCAACACAGCAUGGCAAGAUGUCCAGUUUAGAUCUGACAGGAAUGCUUGGGGUAGCAGUUGAAGGCUUGCUGCUUGGAACCUCCGUCGGAAAUGCUGAAGAGGAGUGUGAGCGAGGUUCGAAAGCCGACGAGCAUGAAUGGGAGGCGAAGGCAAAGCAGGCUUCUUGCCGAGCUCGCAGAAUGGGCAUGACAGGUAGAGCCCACACUGGUUAUAUCUAUACAAUGUGACCAAAAUACGUCUCCUUCAGCUGUAAGCGACCAAGUCAGACGAUCUCGUGAUGAGUUGAAGCUUACCCUGUUGUUGUUUAACUUUGUUGUGUUAAGUUUAUUCUUCUCCUUGAAAAUGUUGUGCUUGUUGUCCACAUCAAUUGC